ACAAUCUGAAACAAGCGCAGCUGAAUUUGGCAGCCUCCUGACACUUAGCACAGAGCGGACAGGGUUGGAAGAGGUCCCGCAUGUCUUCUCAAAAGUUUACACUGGAGAGGACUUGUAUAUGAUAGGAAGAAACUCGAAGAGACACUGCUAAUCGUUUGAGUUUGAGAAGGAACAGAAAAGAUCAAUGAGGAUUUCUGGCAUGGCUGUGUUCAAGCAACAGAAUGUGGAAGAGUUUUAUGAGAUUAGAGAAGAGCUGGGAAGCGGGCAGUUUGCUAUCGUGAAGCAGUGCAAGGAGAAGAGCAGUGGGCUUGAGUACGCUGCCAAGUUCAUCAAGAAGCGCCAGAGCCGUGCCAGCCGGAGGGGGGUGAGGCGGGAGGAAAUCGAGCGCGAGGUCAACAUCCUCCAGCAGAUCCAGCAUCCCAACAUCAUCACCCUGCACGACGUUUAUGAGAACAGGACCGACACGGUGCUCAUUCUUGAGCUGGUGUCUGGAGGGGAGCUGUUUGAUUUCCUGGCACAGAAAGAGUCUUUGAGUGAAGAAGAAGCGACCCAGUUCAUGAAACAAAUACUCGACGGGGUCAACUAUCUGCACUCCAGGAAAAUCGCACAUUUUGAUCUCAAGCCAGAAAACAUAAUGCUUCUGGAUAAGAACGUUCCUUUGCCACGUAUCAAACUGAUUGACUUCGGCCUGGCUCACAAAAUCGAAGAUGGAGUUGAGUUCAAAAACAUUUUUGGAACUCCAGAAUUUGUCGCUCCGGAAAUCGUCAACUAUGAACCACUGGGACUGCCUGCAGACAUGUGGAGUAUUGGAGUCAUCACCUAUAUAUUAUUAAGUGGGGCGUCCCCUUUCCUAGGCGAGACAAAGCAGGAGACUCUUGGAAACAUUUCAGCAAUGGAUUAUGAAUUCGACGAGGAAUUCUUCAGCCGCACCAGUGAACUGGCAAAGAAUUUCAUACGGCAGUUAUUAGUGAAAGACACUAGAAAAAGACUGACAAUCCAAGAAGCUCUUAAUCAUCCAUGGAUUAAGCCAUUAAACCAAAAGCAAGCAAUGGUCAGAAGGCAGUCUGUCAUUAACUUGGAGAACUUUAAGAGACAGUAUGCAAGGAGGAGAUGGAAGCUGUCCUUCAGUAUCGUCUCAUUCUGUAAUCAUUUGACACGUAUGAUGAAAAAAGACUAUAUUAAACAACAAGAUGAUAUGAGGGACUGUGAGAGCGACCCCGAGGAGGAAGCCCUCAGAAGAAGAGCCAUGAGACCCAGACGGAGAAGCACCACGUCUUGAUUCUGUCUUCACAGGAUUGUGCGAGUCUGAUCGGAGAUCCUGAGAGGCCCACAGUUCAAAACAGCUGCGCUGCAGAACCUGGAUGUGUGAACAUGGACUGCUGGUACCAAACCUGGACUAGAUCAAAUUUAGCAUCUAUAAGAACAGCCAUUCAGUUUAAGAACAGUUUAUACCGAAAGCAAUUGCCUUGCAAGGUGGACUUUCAAGAAAAAUUUAUGGUUUUGAUAUGUACUGCUCAAUGGCUUAGCAGAACAUGCAAAACACACUCUCUGCUUAAGAAACAUGACUGAAGUACAGAAGAAGAUCAUUGAUGUUCACUUUUGUAUCAGUGUGCUAUAACUGGAUUUUUUUAUUUGUUUGGGGGGGGGGGGGUAUUUUUGCUAAUGUUAAUUCAUAACAUAUAUUCUUAAAUCAAAGUUAUUAAGUGUCAUGUAAAUAGUGGAUUAUAUAAACAGCGGAUAGCGGAUUAUGUAAAAUACAUGCAUUCAAUUUGCUUUCAACUUCAUUUCCUGGACGUGAUACUGAUUUCCUUCCCAGCAACAAAAAUAUUAUCAGUCCACGGUGUCUAUUUUAAAAAUCUUAACACUGAUGUUAAUGUAUAAACCAGAUUGAAUUUUAAUGUAUAAACCAACAUUAUUGCAUGCAAUAAUGUUAAUAAGUGUGUCUUUAAAAAGCUCCAGCUGUAUUAAUAUCAAUUGAUCAUUAAAAUAGACCAUCCUGAGUUAGCAAUGCGUGCAAUGCUGGAGCCAGAACCAUUGACCCUCAAUUGACCAAUCUGCUUAAAUGAUCCCCUGGACAUUCCUGUCUUCCCUGCAUUUGAAUAAACCAUUACUGCAUGUUGAAAGAAAACAGGUUACUCCCACAUUUAAAUAGGCUACACAGUCUUGACAAUCUUGUUCAGUAUAUUGCAACUUCUCAAUGAGCUGGAUGGCUAGCGGGAUGCUUAUUCUGAAAUAAACCGCAUAUUGUGCCCACGUGAGCAAACUCUGUUCAGAUCAGUGAUCCUCAAAGCAGUGCCAUGGGCAAAUGUGUGCCCGUGACAGCAGCUGAUAUAAUCUUGUAUACUGCAAUGCUCCUUCCCCAUCUUUUUAAGUGCGUAUUCUCAGUUUCUUUAUUUCCCUAAAGAGGGACUCAUACAAUAAAUGAAAAACACCCCCUCUGUGUUGCCAGGGUACAUCGUUUUAAAUGUGACCCCUUUUACAGUGAAGGAUUUUAAGUGACAUGGCAAACUAAGCCCCGGGAGGGCUGUCCUCAUCUUGUGAAGAAUGCAUUAGCAGAUUGUUGAGUCAGUUUUUCUAUGCAUUUACCAUAGUUUACCCUGGUUUGACAUGUUUUUUUACUAUGCUUUACCAUACUUCAAAGCAACAAUGCUUACCUUAGUCUUACCUUGCUUUCACUAUGCUUUAUUACACUUUGCUGUACCCAAACCCUGGCAUUUCAGUCUCAUGUUAAACUUCCCCUUUUGCACAUUUAAUUUUCUGGUGUUCUCUUAAAAAAAUGGGUGGAGCUGAAACCACAUGUUUACUUUGUGGGACACCUCCUUUUGCCACUUGCUAAUUCUAGUUCUUUGUAAAUUCUGUGUAUUUGUAUUUUAGGAUUUAGACUACAAUUACAUGUAAGUCAAGCAGAACACACAUCGGGGAUUGCAUACCAGAUUUACCAGGGAUGUGAUGGAAUUUCCACACAAUUGAUGACAUCCUCCCUGAUGAUAAUGGAGGGACGGGGAUUCCAAACUGCAAGCUAAAAAGAGUCACUACCCCAAAGAAAAUACGUAUAACAUGGCAUUUAUUCUGACAUUUGAAAUUAGUAUUUAUUUUAGUUUCUUGUUUUUUUUUAACAUUAACACACUAUUUUAAAACAAAUAAAAUAUUUUUAACUAUAUAUUACUAGCAAGAAAAAACUUACCAUAGGGUUAUAUAUACCAAAUAUCAAAAACUGCAAAAACGAUGAUGCAAUUAUCGAAUGCUAACACUGCAAACAUGCUAACACACCAGUUUUCUGAUUCUGAGCUGUUUCUUUAGUUAUGUGGUAGCUGUGCCAUAAUUAAAAUCCAAUCCCAGGUUUAGUUGAUGGUAAAAUCUGAUACUUUGUUGUUCUGAGCUGUUUCUUGCUAGUUUUAUACUGUUAUGAUUUUAUUUAAAAAAAAUCUUUGCAAUGGCUUCAAAAUAGGGAACCAACAGUUCUUUUGUUUUUCCUUUUAGAAAAGAAAAGCAAAUCUAGCCUAGUUUUGUAAUGGGUGAGAAACUGGGCUCUGUUUUAAUUGCUGCCUGGCCAGUGCUAACCCAUUCGCUCCUCUUCUGUUGUAAGGUCAUGCAUCAGCGCCACGCACAUUAAAAUGGAACCCACACACAGUCUUCAGCUCAGUGGAAAUGCAUCAGGUGAAUGAGAAGAUGAAUGUGUAGUAAAUACUUCUCUCUGUUCAGCUGUCGCCUAGCGAGCAUCCAACAAAACAUUCUUUCCUGUCACUCUAGCAAGUGAAAGUCUGUAAACAAUGAUUGAGAAUCGGUUUGACUUUUAAGUGAGAGUGUGUAAACAAACAAACUGCAUAAUAGCUGUUUGCUCUUGCAGGUAAAGCACUUCAAAAAACAUGAUCCUACUGAUCGGCAACAGUUGAAAUAUUGUUUUACCUGCAUCAUAGCUCAACAUUUUGUCUGCUUGAAGAGGAUUGGCUGGAUGUCAGCUGAUUUAGUCCAUUUACCAUUUUGUCGAGUCAUUGUUUCCUAAUAAAACAUACUGCUGUUUCCUGGAA